AUGCCUCUCAAUCCACUCAGCGUGCUUCCGAGCGAGCUCCAGAGUUUGAUCCUCACCCAGCUGGACACCAAGACUCUCCUUCGUAGUCGUCGAGUGUCUCGCCGGUGGAACGAUCAUAUCAAUGGGUGCCAGGAUGUGUGGCGCACAGUAGCCCUUCGAUGGCACCUCAUACCGCACUUACGUUCACCCCUUCCCAGUGCCCGGUCUAUGCAUGAGACUCGAACGGCACCGCUCUACUCGCUAAAUGUGCAUUGGUCCGAAGGGACGCAAAGUACAACAGGGUAUUUUAACAACUUAGCUUCUUUCCGGGAUCUUUGCGAGCGCUAUGCACGGCUAACGCUGGCUUGGGAGUCGCCUCCAAAUCUGACCGGGACAUCUCCUGCGCAUCUGACAUCAAGCUUUGGAUACGUUCCCGAUGCCGAUUAUGUGCCGGAGAGGUUGUAUCUGCGACCAGCCAGCGGCAUGUUUGCGUUGUGCUCGGAUGGCAAAUACCUGCAGAUGUUCCAACGGCGCGCGACUAAGGAGUUCGCAUUUCAAGACGACCUCUCGCUGCACAGUACCUUGACAGAAUAUGGCAAGCGGAACCUGAAACAUCUAAGGAUGGAUCCGGGGUUGGUGAUCGCCUGUCAUCCCGAUGAAGGAAUUUUAGUAUACAAGGAUCUGUGGCCGACACACCAAGAGAAGUGCAUGUUGCCUUUGCCGGAGGACUGUGAACCUUCCCAUGUGUACGACAUUCGGCUUCGCUACCCAUCUUGUCUGGUGCUCACGUGCGACGACGAGGAAUACCAAGUGCAUCUCUUCGAUGUGCCCAGCAACACUUUAUGCACUACGAUAACCGUACUGGCGUAUUGUCUGGAUGUCACGGUCGACGACAAGAGGACCAUGAUCAUCGCCGCCCAUCGGCCACCAGGGCUUGUCGUUUUUUCUGCUGUGAACGGCAAAGUUCUCUUGAACAUGAUGCCGGAUCUGUUUGGCCCAGAUCACAGUGAUGAUGACCCGAGCAUGCCGGGUAAAGGGCCGAUCUUUAGACCUCAAAACAUUCACGUGUCCCUAUCAAGUAAUAAGUCCUGCUCCUGCUCAGUGGUCGGUGAGGCUUCAACAACAGCUUCGGAGUGGAAGACAAUUGAGCUCUUGUGCGCGGGUGAGGGGAGUUACGCAAAGAUCGGUGUCCAAAUUUACAUCAACUGCUACGUUUACUACGACCUUUUGCUCAGCAUGCGUGGUGUCUUCUUGGACUCACACACAGACACACUCGUGCUUCAUUGCUUUGGUCACGCGAUGGUCAUUCGUCCCUGCUCAAUGCUCGUCAAUCGCGAUUGGCAGAAGACGGUGCAUCUUGGCAUCAUACCUCUCCAGACGCGGACCUUCGGUGAACCUCAAGCUUCGGACGACUGCUACACAGGCAUUCCUGUGCAGUCCGGAAUGAAGCAUCUUGCUGCUGGAGCGGAUGGUCGCCUCUGCUUGGUGUUCGAGAAAUCCAAGUAUCGGGGGAGUAAUACAAGAGUCUGGUAUGAGGAGAGUGGAGAGUUCGAUAACAUCUUCUUGAUCGACCUCAGGGUUCACCGGCUGUCCGGCGAGCACCCAAUACACCCCCUCGGCAACAUCGGUUCCCGCUUGUUGGGUCAAAUGCCUGAAAAACGCAAAGAGUUUUGCGAUCUUCAGAUGGACGCAAUCGGGGUCUAUCUCUGUCGUUCCGGAGAGGGCUUACUGGGCUUCGACCUCGGCCUCCACCUAGCAGCUGCUGACAAAGAUCGGCAAGCCGCGCAGAAUGCCGACAACGGUAAGGGGGUCGAGAAUGCCUUGAACAACAGCGAUAAGCACUAA